AUGUCACCGAUUUGCUUGCUGGUGUUUUUGGACCGUGUCGGAUGGGAAGUUGCUGAAAAAGAAGAUGGCCAAGUGAGUCUCCUUCGUGGACUUUUGGUUGGACGACUUUGCAAAUCAGGACAUCAGCCAUCGAUAAACAAGGCUCAGGCAAUGUUCAACGCUUACAUCGAAUCGAAUCAGAAAAAUUCACGCGGAUCUUCGCCUUGCACUGCUCUCAUCGCACUUGGAUUGACUGAUCCGACUUCUGGUCGUCCGGAGAAGUUAUCCCGACUACGCCGUGGCUCAGGGAAAAGUUCGCUCACAGGAUCUCAUCCAAAUUUUUGUGGGAGCAAUCUCAGCUUGUUGCUCGACAAAUUCGGAGGAGCUAACAGUGGUCUCUUCCAACGGUGCAUGAAGCUUUCUGCUCAAGAAUCUUGCAACGAAGAGAUGGCCAAAGACGUGGAGACAUUCUUCUGUGGAAAGAUUGAUGCCACAGCCUCUGCUACCCUGGAUCGUCCAAUCAAACAGGUGACCGAGCACAUUCGCAACAACGUGAAGUUCCUCGCCUUCGCCGCGCCUCAAGCGGACGAAUAUCUCAAGAAGAAAGGCUAU